CUUUGCCGGGUAACUUGAGUCGAUUUUCUCAUGUUGGUGCACGUUUCAAAGCUUUUCAUUCGUAACACUAACGAUACAAAAUUUGCUUAUUAGAUGGCCACUGUGAUUAAUAUCACAGAUAAACAUCAUCUUGAACAAAUUUUACAACAGGCAAAUAAUGGUCCAAGCAUUGUAGUAAUGGAUUUUUAUGCUUCAUGGUGUCGUCCUUGUUCAGAUAUAGCUCCUGUCUUUCAAGAAUUAAGCAUCAAGUAUAAAAAUAUGAAAUUUGUUAAAAUUGAUGUUGAUAAACUUGAGGACGUUGCACAACGUUACAAUGUCAGAUCAUUACCUACGUUUAUAUUUCUACGUGGAGCUGAACAAAUUGAUCGGAUUACCGGUGGAGUCCCACAAAAGUUAAGAGAUAAAGUACAAGAACUUGCUCUCUCUGGAUCAGACUCUCAUGAAAGUGGCUCAAAUAAAAGCCCACAGUCUUCCAAACAAUAUGAUAUGGAUAUAUUAUUGUCAAAAAGUCAAUGUGAAUGUUUAAAUGAAGAUGAUACACAUUCACUUGCUCAAUUAUUAAAUUCCUCUGAAAAUAAUAAUUCCAAGGCAUAUUUACUGUCAGAUACAGAUGAACAGCUUAUUAUAUACAUUACCUUCUCACAAUUUGUUCGUAUUCAAUCUGUACAGAUUAAUGGACCUAAAGAGAAUGCACCAAAAACAGUAAAACUAUUUGUUAAUCAAACAUCAACACCUGAUUUUGAUAGUUGUGAAAUUGGUGAAGCUGUACAAACAUUAGAAUUAACAGAAGAGGAUAUUAAACAUGGUGGAAUAACACAAUUGAAUUUUGUAAAAUUUCAGAAUGUUAGUACACUUACAAUUUUUGUGAAAAAUAAUCAAACCUCAACUGAUCAAACUCGAAUUGAUACAUUAAAAUUCUAUGGUUAUCCAGUGAAUACAAUCAAUAUGAAUGAAUUUAAAAGGGUCUCUGGGAAGAAAGGUGAAGCCCACGGUUAAUCUAUUACCAAAAUAAAAAUUAUACUUUAUUAUCAUUAUUGAAAAAAACUAUCUGGGAAAAUGUAAACAAUUACACAAAUGUAUUCCUGCUCACUUCUUUUAUCUUUUUGUGUGUUUGAACAUUCUAAAUGCAUGAUUAACUCGUUAAUUUCUCCUUUUAUUCUACCACCUUGUAACUUGGAUUCUUGGUUGUUUUAUAAAAAUAUACAGAAACCUUGAAGUGGAUUA